CUGAACUUAUUAUUUAUUGCAAAAAAAAAAAACUAGGGUUGGUUCUCUUACAAGAUCAACCUUUUGUGUUCCUCCGUUCUAAUCACUGUCGGCUUCUCCUCUCACUCAUAAUAAAGCCUUCGUCUUUAACACUCUCGAGUGAAAAAUGAGUAAACGAAAACGACCAGAGCCGAAAUCAUCAUCAUCAAGCGGCGGCAUAAACGAAGACGAAAAAAACAUCCUCGGCUUCAUCCGAAGCAAGCAAGGCAAGGGAGCAACCACGUACGAGAUGAGAACAGCCACGAAGAUCCAACCAACCCUCGUGACACGAGCCCUGACUUCCCUCAAGAAGAGCAAGCUCAUCAAAGAAGUCCCCAACAUGAACAACAAGGGCAUCAAACACUUCCUCGCCGUCGAGUUCGAGCCCUGCAAGGAGCUCACGGGAGGUGACUGGUACACCGACGGAGCCCUCGACGUGUCCAAGAUCGAAGGCCUCAAGGAGAUCUGCGUCAGGAUACUCGAGAAGCUGAAGAGAAAGGUGGUGACGCUCGACGUGAUAUACUCGUAUUUCGACAAGGCUAGCGAGGCGGACAGGCUGACGAGGGAGCAGACGAGGGAGAUACUCAAGAACUUGGUUUUGGAUAAUGUGGUGAUGGAGGUGAAGAGCAACGGGCUUACUGAUUUUUCCGCGACGAGGAUCGGGGAGAUUUGUUAUAAGCUGACGGGGAAGAAGGGAGGUGGUGGGGAGGCGAGAGAUGGUGCUUUUGCUUCGGUGCCUUGUGGGGCUUGUCCGCAUAUAGGGCUUUGUACACCUGAUGGUGUUAUCUCCCCUUCAACGUGUGUUUACUUCCAGAAAUGGUUAGACUUUUAGCUUUUUUCUUUUUUUUUUUGGUUUCAAGACUUUAAAAUGAUGAUACAAUAAUGUUAUGUUUUGUUUCUCCCCAUACAAGUUAUGAUAAUCUAUGAUAAA